GAUAUCCGGCUUAGGUGUUCAACCCAUGGAUAAAUGGUUGUCCAUACCUGAUAUGGGUUACGUGAUAGCGACAGCAUAUAAUAUUAUUCUUGUCACGUUCGGUCUGACAUUUUCAAUGACUUUCUUUCCUAUGAGGGGUUCACAUUCCGGAUCGACAAAAAAUGAUCGCAUUUGUUGUAUUGGUUUUGUUAAUGGAAAUCACUGGGUUCCGUUAAAGAUGAAAGAUGGAUUUCCAAUGCCAGACAUUGCACCAGGUUGGAAGCAAUAUCGUACCAAUGAAGCAACUUCUUGGGCAAUAGCAUACACAGGCCGUCUACAACACUGGGGGUAUUUAUUAGGCCGGUUGUCACGUGUUACCCAAAAUCCACCUACGGAACCCGUAGAUGCAAUGUCUUUAGAUGAACCUUAAUAUUUUAAAAUUGAUACAAAA